GCGCCGGGCGCGCGCCAGCGCGCGCGCGCGGGAGCGCUCGGACAUGCGCCGCGCGGCGGCCGCGGGGGCUCCCCGCCGCGGCGUGGCCCGGGGCGAGCCGGCAGCGCCCUCGGGCGAGGGAUGGCCGCCUGCCCGCCCUGCCUCGCCUGCCUGGGCGGCCUGCGCGUGCGGCGGCGGCGGCGCGCGGAGACCUCGGCCUCGGACACGCGAGAGGAGCCCGUGGGCGUCGACCGCUGGGAGCUCGGCGCUGUCCAGGACAGCGCGCCCGACAUCACCGUGUUCCAGACGGUGCAGAGGCGCGUGUCCAGCAGGCGCCGCGCCCCUGGGAUCGACCUCGGCAUCCUCCGGCUGAACUACGACCCGUCCAGGCCCGUGAACAAGCAGUACAGGACGCUGGAGAAGCUCGGGGAGGGGGCGUACGGCUCCGUCUACAAGGUGAAGAACGAAGUCGGUGACCAGAUCCGGGCGAUGAAGGUGUUAAACAAGAAGACAGACGUGAAGGAGGACAUGGGCUUCGUGGUGGCGGAGAUCGAGGCUAUGGUCCGCCUAGACCACCCCAACAUCGCCAGGUGCAUCCAGUUCUUCGAGGACGAUCGUUCGAUCUACCUCAUAGCGGAACUGUGCAACGGCGGGGACUUCAGCAAGGUAGGACGCUUUGGCCGCCAGGAGGUGCGGUUGCUCUUCCAGGACGUGUUCCGCGGGGUCGCGUACUGCCACGGCCAGGACAUCGCGCACCGGGACCUCAAGUUCGAGAAUUGCAUGCUCUGCACUGGGCAGGGCCGCCGGGUUGCCAAGGUUAUCGACUUCGGACACUCGAGCAUCAAGACUGAUGGCUCCUCAGACUUGUACAUGAAUGAAGCGCUGGGCACCAAGUAUUUCGUUGCUCCAGAGGUGAUCGACAAUCAGGUGCAAGUCAAGAUGUACGGGGUGAAGUGCGACAUCUGGUCCCUGGGAGUCAUGAUGUACAUCAUCUUGACGAAGGAGCACCCGUUUGCCGAGCACGCCACCAAGCUGCCGUCCCGCGAGCUGUUCCGGAAGAUCCGCGGCGGGAGCCUCAGGCUGAGGCCCCUGGACCAGGCGCACGUCGAGGUCCCCGCGGUGGAGCUGCUGAAGGGCCAGCCCGGGCUGCUGACGCGCAGCGUGCCGCUCCGCAUCGACGCGGCGUCUGCGCUGAAGAAGGAGUGGCUCAACGUGGACCCGGACCCGAGCAGGAGCCUUGUCUCGCAGACCUCCGAGGCCGAGAUGCUCUCCAGGCUGGUGACGUACAGGAACAUGAGCCGUUUCGAGAAGACGGUGCUCAUGAUGGCGGCACACCAGGCCGACAUACAGGUUGUCGAGGA